AUGACUGUCGGAUAUUUUCGCAAAUUCCUCAGCAUCAUCGGGGUUUGGAGGGACCGCACCCCGGAAGAAAAACGGGCACGAUGCCCCUCAGCUGUGCGAGAGGUACGGCCCUUGGACUCCUCCGUUGCCGCCGCGUACCCCGAUAACACGGUCACCAACAGCCGUUACACGUUUUACAAUUUUUUGUUUCUCAGCAUCUUUGAGCAGUUCCGGAGGCCGUUGAACUUCUACUUUUUAUUGGUUGCUUGUCUACAGUUUGUCUCUGUGAUUGCGCCCGUUAGCCCCUUCUCCACGCUGGUGCCAUUGCUCUUGGCCUUCUCCCUCACCUCCUUAAAGGAGGGGUACGAUGACGUUAAACGCCACCAGCAGGACGCCAAGUACAACAACAAGAAACGCACCGUGCUGGACCCUCUUUCGGCGGCGUGGAAGUCGCGACCAAACUACCGCAUACGUGUCGGGGACGUAAUCCUUCUGAAGGAAGGUGAGUCCAUUCCAUGCGAUGUGGUGGCGGUGGCGGCGACGUCGUCCACAGUUUAUGUUCAAACAGACAACCUGGACGGUGAACUUGAUCUAAAACCACGCGAAAUUGUUUUUCCACACGUUGUCUCCUUCAGCAGUACGACGGAGGAGGAAACACCAGUUCCUUUGGACCCGAAUCUUAUUCACGUUUACGACACCUGUGAAGCACUCGUCGCAAAGCUGAGGAGUAUCAAGCUGAUAUGUCCUCCGCCUUCUGCCAUCAUUGAAUCCUUUGAUGGACGUGCCGAAUUUGCGUACAACUGCGGGAGUCGAGAGGAUGCUGCCGCAAUGUCGCUACCCAUGUCCCACCACCACCUCUUACCGCAGUCCUGCCUGCUCAAAAGAACCACGGCUGCCGUCUGCGUGGCGGUGUACACGGGGGAGGAGACAAAGUGCGGCAUGAACAAGCGACCUCCACCUGUGAAGUGGGCAAAGAUUGACCAAGAUGUCUCUCGGUACUCCAUUUUUGUCUUUUGCUGUCAGCUCGUGAGUGCCUUUUCAUUUGGUCUGGCUGGUUAUCUUUUGAACAGGCGAGUUGAAGAUCAUUUUUGGUACUUGCAGCCACCGUCAAGUGAAGCAAGCGCUUCCUUCAUCAUCUACCCCCUCCGCUUCUUCCUCUUGACGACGGUGAUGAUCCCGGUGUCUUUCAAGUGCGUUGUGGACAUGAGCAAGUACUGCAUGGCUUUGUCAGUCGAGUGGGAUGAAACGAUGAAGCCGGCGGGGCAGAGCAGCCAGGGGUGUCGCGUGAAGAACUCUGACAUACUUGAGGACCUUGGCCAGGUCGACUACCUCCUCUCCGACAAAACCGGGACACUGACACAGAAUGUUAUGGAAUUACUUUACGUCACAGUGGGCGAUGAUCGCCUGUACCUGCACGGGGAAGCAACAGAGAUGAUGCAAAAAUCCGAUGUGCAUAAACCAAAUAAUGAGCAAGUAUUACACUUUGGACGAAUUCUUUCCCUCUGCAACACAGUAGAGACUCUUCACACCAGUUCUCUCCUAACUGAAGAUGAUACUGCUCCGCCACUGUAUCAGGCGGCUUCCCCUGAUGAAGAGGCGAUUUGUCGCGGGUCUGCCCGUCUCUUUGUUCAGCUGUUGCACCGCGACGCACGUGAGGCUGUAUUGACCGUCAAUGGCGUACAGGAAACUUGGAUAUUUCAUCAUGUAUUUCCCUUUUCAUCCGAACUAAAAUCAAUGGGAGUGAUUGUGGAGGAGAAGGCGUCAGGUGUGGUGUAUUUUUUUGUAAAAGGGGCGGAUGAUCGUAUUAUGAAAAUGACAUCCGCGUCGUUGCCACCGCGUCACUCCACAGUACUGCGAAGCAGAGAAGCGCAGAUGGAUGUGCUGACGUCCCACUUGGAUUCUUACGCGCGGCAAGGCCUUCGGACAUUAGUAGUGGCGGAGAAAAAACUUUCAAGAGACGAUCUUAACGCGUUCCUAGAGAAGGUGAAGUCGGCAGAGUUGUUGCUACAUGAUCGACGGGAGAAGCUGAAACAGUUGCGUGUGGAGAUGGAAACAGAGGUGUCCAUUGCGGGUAUUACCGCCAUCGAAGAUAAACUGCAGGAGGGGGUUCAGGACACGAUACGUGAUUUUAUUCGAGCGGGAAUUAAGGUAUGGAUGCUGACAGGAGAUAAGGUGCAAACAGCCGUGCAGAUUGGCCUUUCCUGCUCUUUGUACGCCCCAGGGGACCGUUUGAUUUACAUUGUUUCAGGAAAUAAAACCGAUGGUGCUGGAUGGGAAGAGCAUAUGAUGUCCAUUCCUUUGCCAAGCCCGACAAUUGUCGCAGGAGAAGAGGCAAGGAACUUUUCGCUGGGCGCAGAAAUUCUCAAUGAGGAACGAGGUCGCGGCUUGGGAAGUCUCUCUGAUGCUGCCUGUCUGAAGGAUGAUGUUGUUGAUGAAAAUGGUCGAUACGACACCAUGCUGCCCGCCAUCUCCCAUAACAACCAUUCGGUAUUGGUGGUGGAGGGCGGCACAGUUUUAGAAAGUAUUCUUAACACCCCCGAAUUAAGGGAACGUUUUGCUGCCUUGAGUGAUAACUGUGUUUGCGUUAUAUGCGCCCGCGUCACCCCCAGCCAGAAGGCUGCGUUGACACAUUUUGUCCGCACCAGGGAUUUCAUGACGUUGGCGGUCGGCGACGGCGGAAAUGACGUGGCGAUGCUUCAAGAAGCCCAUGUUGGUGUUGGAAUUGUGGGCAAAGAGGGCCAGCAGGCUUCCCGCGCGGCCGAUUUUUCUAUAAAUUGUUUUUCAGACCUUCGGGCUCUUGUUUUUGUGCAUGGUCAGCAAGCCUACAUACGUACGGCGUUUAUUAUCAAGUACAGUUUCUACAAAUCCAUGCUUAUUAGCUUCAUUCAGCUUGCCUACAACAUUGUUGGAACGUACGCAUCUGGAGGGACGUUUUGGAACAGUUUUGGUCUCACCCUGUGGAACGGCGUAUACACGCUUCCUCAAACCCUGUUCUUUUGCCUGGACCGCAUUGCUCCCCGCGCGGUUCUGGAACGCCACACAUUCCUCUACAAGUUGACACGCCAUGCCACGGACAUGAAUAUCAGAGAAUUCUUUCUUGUCUUUAUCCUUCGCGGCAUUGUGCAGUCUGUCUUCACGCUAUGGCUGGUGACGGGCGUCUUUGGCAUGCGCUUUGCAUUUGCCGAAAACGGCUGGGCCGCCACCAAUGACGUAACAUUUACUGUGGCAUACUCUGCUCUCAUUAUAUCGCAGAUGCUGACCAUGAUAUUUGAGUCUCAUUCCAUUACGUUCCUCAACGCUCUUUGGAUAUUUGGGAUGCCAGUCAUAUAUGUUGCCGCUACCGCUGUGUACUCUUCCAUUCCGCGGCUGCAAUACUUUGGUGUGUGGAAGAAUACAAUGAACUUAAGCUCCUUCCUGGCGGCGCUUGUUGUGGCAUGUGUUUUGGUGCUUCCUGUACUUGGAGUGCUGGUUCUGCGGCGAGCAAUAAAUCCAGAUGUCCGCGAUGUUCUUCGCACUGCCGCUGUGGAGAACCGGAUGCGUCGGCAAAUGCGGUGGAGAAGUGGAAGUUUUUUGUCGCGGCUCGGGCGUUGGCUGUUGUGUGUGUCGGAAGAGGCCUCCUCCUUGCUUCGUCCCCCGCCCCCGUCAGUGCUGGUGGGUGACCUUGGCCAAGUGUAG